GGCGGCGGGCACCGGGAGCCAGCGCUGGAGGCGGCGGGAAGCUGGAGCUCGCUGCCCAUCUUGGUGCUGACCUCCAAGGAGCGGGUGGUGAACCGCAGGGCUGCGGGGCUGAGCAUGGGAGCCGGGGCCAGUGCCGAGGAGAAGCAUUCUCGAGAGCUGGAGAAGAAGCUCAAGGAAGACGCUGAGAAGGAUGCCAGGACCGUCAAGCUGCUGCUGCUGGGAGCAGGGGAGUCAGGGAAGAGCACCAUUGUCAAGCAGAUGAAGAUCAUCCACCAAGACGGCUACUCACUGGAGGAAUGCCUGGAGUUCAUUGCUAUCAUUUACAGCAACACUCUCCAGUCCAUGCUGGCCAUCGUGCGGGCCAUGACUACCCUCAACAUCCAGUACGGGGACACGGCUCGCCAGGAUGAUGCCCGUAAGCUGCUGCACCUCUCAGACACCAUUGAGGAGGGGACCAUGCCCAAGGAGAUGUCAGAAAUCAUCGGACGGCUCUGGAAGGACUCGGGCAUCCAGGCCUGCUUUGACCGCGCCUCCGAGUACCAGCUCAAUGACUCUGCGGGCUACUACCUGUCAGACCUGGAGCGCCUGGUGACCCCCGGCUACGUCCCCACAGAGCAGGACGUGCUGCGUUCCCGUGUCAAGACAACUGGCAUCAUUGAGACCCAGUUCUCCUUCAAAGACCUCAAUUUCAGGAUGUUCGAUGUGGGUGGACAGCGCUCAGAGAGGAAGAAGUGGAUCCACUGCUUUGAGGGUGUGACCUGCAUCAUCUUCAUCGCGGCUCUCAGUGCCUAUGACAUGGUCCUAGUGGAGGAUGAUGAAGUGAACCGCAUGCAUGAGAGCCUGCACCUCUUCAACAGCAUCUGCAACCACCGCUACUUUGCCACCACCUCCAUCGUCCUCUUCCUCAACAAGAAGGACGUCUUUCUGGAGAAGAUCAAGAAGGCCCACCUCAGCAUCUGCUUCCCCGACUAUGACGGUCCCAACACCUACGACGAUGCGGGAAACUACAUCAAACUGCAGUUCCUGGAGCUGAACAUGCGGCGGGACGUGAAGGAGAUCUACUCCCACAUGACCUGCGCCACCGAUACCGAGAACGUCAAGUUCGUCUUCGAUGCAGUCACUGACAUCAUCAUCAAGGAGAACCUCAAGGACUGCGGGCUGUUCUGAGCCCCAGGCGAGCACCCCCUCCCCUGGGGCCCAGCCCUGCUGCUGACCCCAUCCCACCUCCACAGCCAUCUCUGCUUGCUGCAAACCCCUGGGAUUUGGCCUGCUCAGCUCCAAAGCCACCCCUGGUAAAGAAGGGAGGGCGGGUGGGGGCACAAUCUCACUCCCCCUCCCCU